AAAGACAAAUAAGAUCAUCAGGGUACAGUAAAAAUAAAAUAAAACAAGAAACAUACUAAGGAGUGUUAUAAGCGAAGGUGAAUAUAUCUUUAAUAAUAUUUAAAAAUACUAAUAGAAGAGGCAUGUCUAAUAAACAGAGGAAGGCUAUUCCUAUUAUGAGGAAAGGCCAAGCUCACAAGAUCAAAGGUUCUAAAAGGGUAUACAGAAGCAGCAAAUCAGUAAUGUAUUGAGGAGCCAGGUGAUUGAGGGCUUUGUAAACAAAUAAUAAGAUUUUAUAAUCAAUCCUAUACUUAACAGGAAGCCAUGUCGGAACGGAACUUUAAAAUAGGAUUAAUAUGAUCAUAUUUUCACUUCCCUUCGAGCUGUGUAGCGACUGCAUUCUGGACGAACUGAAGACGAGAAAUUGAACACUGAGAAAAAACAAAAUACAAAGAGUUACAAUAAUCAAGCUGAGAUGUUAUAAAGGCAUGGAUAGCUGUUUCAAGAUUUUUUUCUAGAUAGAAAGGCCUUAACUUUACUGAAAAGGCGAAGUUGGUAACAUGACUUGAAAUCUGUUUAUCAAAUAUUAAACUGGAUUUAAAUAAAAUGCCCAAGUUCCUAACACACUAUUAUAUGGAAUGAGGAAGCCAAGAUCAAAACUAAAAGCAACAUUCCCCUAUAUAGGACCAAACAAAAUAAUUUCUGAUUUGUUUUCAUUUAGGCAUAAUAAACUGCUUGAAAGCCAUAGCUUAAGUUCGUUUAGGCAAUCUAUACACACAACCAAGGGGAAUGUCAGUAGAAACACAAUGCCAUCUGAACAGUAAAACACCUAUUUGACAAAUAAGUCACAAGACUCCAGGCAUGACAGAAGAAUGUUGUGGUAGACAACAUUCAAAUGCAGCGAUUAACUCUAAGAGGAAAAGAGCCAUGGGUUUCCCUGAAUCUGUUAUGAGAAAUGUGUCAUUUAAAACUCUUAACAGGGCCGAUUCAGUGCUAUGUAGAUCUUUAAAACCUGAUUGAAAGACUUCAAUAGUGCAUGUGAUUUAUCGUGCUGCCCAACAGUACCAGUUUGUAAGCAUUUAUUAAUUACUAAUAACAGACUUGUGGCAAAUGCAUCCAUAAUUUAAGGAAAAACAGAACGGCUAGAUCUUAUGGACAUGUUGUAAGCUUGAUCCACAAUUUCCCUUUGUGGCUUUGAUCGUUUCCUUUCAAUGACUCUCUCUCUCUCUCUCUCUUUCUAUGCUGCAAGUAGGCUGCAUAAUAAAUAGCUAUUAUUGGUCAUGAAGGGCUAUUAAUAAAUGAAAUUCUAUUAUUCUUAUUUGUAGCUAUCUAUUCUCAGUUGCUCAUGCUGCUACUUGUGAUGUAAUGCCUGCAGCUUUCCUAAACAAUGCAUUCUUUUAACAUUUUUGUUUGUUUUAAUCAAAUAUUGCAGAUUCUUGUUCAAUAAUCACUGUAAUUGUCCAAACAGUAAACUAGACAUUAUAAAGAUUAACACACUCUAACCAGUGAUAUAGAUGUUAAAGGAAACAGUCUGUCAUAAUAACGCUUUUAUUUACGUAUUACGUAUUGUGUAUUUUUUAGUAAAUGUUAUACGUAUUCCUAUAUUUGUUUUAUAUGCACAUCUGCGCAGACGCGAGUCUGUCUACCAGCAUUUGAAACCAAAACAGGAAGUCGUAAGUAUUGUGGGACGUGUAGUUCCGCUUGUAGGCCGCUGGUCUGGAUAACAGCACGCAAAGCAACCAAACAAAACAAAAUUAAGAAAACUUCCAAUAGACAGCAGUUAUACUGGUGGAUCUUUUUCACUAUCAUGCCCGGCUUCACGUGCUGCGUGCCCGGAUGCUACAACAACUCGCACCGGGAUCGCGAUCUGCGGUUCUACACCUUUCCGAAGGACCCCACUCAGCGAGAGCUAUGGCUGAAGAACAUUUCGCGGGCCGGGGUGAGCGGCUGCUUCAACGCUUUCCAGCCCACCACCGGACACCGAGUUUGCAGCGUCCACUUUCCCGGCGGCAGGAAAACCUACACCAUUCGCGUCCCUACGCUUUUCCCUCUGCGCGGGGUGAACGAGAGAAAGAGCAGGCGAGGAAGGAGCAGGAAGGUCUCCGAGGUCGUGCCCAUCAUCACAAACGUCGUUUCCACCGCCGACGAGUCAGCGCCAGUGGAGGAAAAGGGGGACUCCCAGAACAUCACCGUGGUGCAGAUAGGUCAGAAUGGCCAGUACAUCACCCCCGUGGACCUCACACCUUCGGGAGACGGCUCCUGCCUCGCUGCAGUGGUGCCGGGAUCCAGCGGAAACCUGACCGGAGGCAGCGCGUCUUGCCCCGUGGCCGAUCUCGUGCUGUGCGGGGUGGACCACUCGUACUCGCUCACCACCGGCACAACGUCCGCUGAACUUCUGCGGAAGCUGAACGAGCAGCGGGACAUCAUCGCGCUGAUGGAGGUCAAAAUGAAGGAGAUGAAGAACACCAUCCAAAAGCUGCGGGUCAGCGAGGCACGGCUGCAGGAGGAGCUCCGGGAGCGGGACCGUCUGAUCUCCACCAACAGCAUCAUCAAGAGGAAACUCUGACGAACGACGCGGAGAAACGACGGACUAAAGACGCAAAGCACUGUCGGCGAUCGACAAUUAAGUAUCAUCGUAGUUCUCAUUUAAGCUUCCUCCAGGACUCAGAAGUGCUAGAUAGGCUGUGUUUGUGUGAUAAAGCGCAGAUGCAUGAGUUCAUCUUGUAUGCUCGAGCUGUCCGGCGCAGCGCUGCACGGGGACUGAGAUGAGUUCAGCAUCCUUCUCAUUUUAUAUUUAAUGAUGAUACACGUUUGUGCUGUAUGUGUGUUGAAAGCGGCAGACCCAGUAUCUGCAUACUGCCACACUUCAUAACCAUGAAGUGCAGACAGAGACUGCUUCAAAAGUGUGUAAACAACUGCUUAUUAUUUGGGUUCUUUCUUUGUUUUUAAUAUUUCAGUGCAUCAGAUUGGAGCUUCUGGUCCAGAUGAACCGAUUCUUUACAUGCAGAUUAAUUCAGUUAGAAAAGAUGAUUGGUUUGAAGUAAACUGCUUAUUAAUUAUAAUUUAUGGGACUGUUUUGGUGGUAUUGCAUUUAAACCGAUUUAGUUCGGUAUCUCUUUUGUAAGAUUCUUUACCACACAAGUUCUGAGUAUAUUGUGCACUAUAAAAGAUGUUUCUUUUCUGUUUGAAGCCUUGUGGCAUCACAUUUAUUCUAGGAAAUGUCAUUUUAAUUGUCUUCAGUAAAACAUCUUUAAAAUUAA